CACACAGCAAGGCAGUGGAAUCAUUACUGAAUGAAAAGUGUUGAGCCAUGCAGAAUGACAAAUGCUUGUUUAAAAAGGUUAAAGACCCGUUUUCUGUCUUGUGUAAUGAUGCGUGACAAUGGUAUGAGGAUCACCGUGAUAAGUUCGAUGACAAUGCUUCACUUUUGGGGUGUUAUGAUGAUGAAACACCUAAACUUUUCAGGAUUUAGGAAAUAGUUAGAUAGAGAACAGUUAGGCUAUUCAACGUAAGAAAAAGCAGUAUGGUGACAACAUUUUGUUCCUUGCGCAACGAACAGGACAGCGACUCAUGGGAUGUAGUGUGGGCUGUAGAACAAGGCUCAACUUUGGAAAGGCGCUGUCCAAAGUAUCUGUGUGUUUUACCAUGGUCGUGAUUUUCACCUAUUUCUUCUACUGUCUUACCGGAUUAUGUGACUCGGCGCCGAGACAGAUGUUCGACCAUCACACUGUAAACAGAGACUAUGUCUCGGACCAUGCGUACGACAACCUACGACCGCCAGGGCGACUUUAUCCUCACCACCCGGGCGACCCGACUCACUGGAACAGGACAGACCCUUCAACGGACGAGCCCGUCGCUUCGCUACAGGGGGUUGAAGGCGGACUGCUCCCACAAGAGAUACCGGAGAGCACUAAGGAAAAUGUAGCUGGUAACCGCAUCCCCGUGUCCAACACAUUUGAGAGUAAGAAGUUCCCCCAAGCCAUCAUAAUCGGCGUGAAGAAAGGUGGAACGCGCGCUCUGCUGGAGUUCCUGCGGAUUCAUCCGGACGUGAGAGCUGUCGGGGCAGAACCUCACUUUUUCGACAGGUUCUACGAGAAAGGACUUGAGUGGUACAGGAACCUGAUGCCUCGGACCCUGGAAGGUCAGAUCACCAUGGAGAAGACGCCCAGCUACUUUGUGACCAAGGAGGCUCCUCGUCGCCUCUGCACCAUGAACUGCCGCACCAAGCUCAUUGUGGUCGUCCGCGACCCCGUGACCCGGGCAGUCUCCGACUAUACCCAGACGCUGUCCAAACAACCCGGCCUCCCCUCCUUCCAGAGCCUGGCCCUCAAGAACACCUCUACGGGAUUGGUCGACACCUCGUGGAGCGCUGUGCGCAUCGGCCUGUACGCCAAGCACCUGGAGAACUGGCUCAAGCACUUCCCCUUAUCUCACUUCCUGUUCGUCAGCGGUGAGCGGCUGGUGUCCGAUCCGGCAGGGGAGAUGGGCCGGGUGCAGGACUUCCUGGGUCUGAAGAGGGUGGUGAGCGACAAGCACUUUUACUUCAACCAGACUAAGGGAUUCCCCUGUCUGAAGAAGCCAGAGGGAAGCAGCAGGCCCCGGUGUCUGGGGAAGUCCAAAGGAAGGCCUCAUCCACAGAUCUCACCAGAGGUGCUGCAGAGGCUCAGGGAUUUCUACAGGCCAUUCAACAUCAGGUUCUACCAGAUGACUGGACAAGACUUUGGAUGGGACUGAGCCGUCCACCAAUGCUAUAUGGAAAAUCGAACCAAAGGAUGAAAAUUAUUACUUUAAAACAUGUGGAGAGGACACUCUGCUUUCAUCAAGACAGCAAACACAAGACUGACAUUACAUUUGUCAAUGAGGGAACAGGGGUUCUAGGUUACCACUUUGACUUGUGACAUGGUAUACAUUAUACAAUAUGUGGGCAUUUUUUUGUGUUUUAUGAAACAAUGAUAUAAAGCUGUCAUUUAUAGUUUCAGUUACAAGAUACAGAUAUUUGUGUGUUGCUACAUGUUAGAAUAUGAUUUAAACCAAUUGUUUUCCUAAUGUAAAGUACAUGAACCAAGAGAUGUACAUAAUGAUAAAUAUCACACAGUAAGGACGUUGAUGACUUGAUACUCUGUGUGAGGAGACUCAUGUUACAAAGAAGCACAGGAUUAUAACCAACCUGUUUCCGACCAGCGUGUGUGUGUAUGUAUGUUUGUAUGUGUGUGUGUGUGUGUGUGCGUGUUUAAGAUACCGUAAGAAAAGUGUAUUUAUUGCAAUAAGUGUAUGUAGCUUUAAUUAUUCUUGUGACCACCCAACUAAGCAACAAAACGUUUCUUUAUCAGGGUUGACAAUCAUGUUCUUUUGACUUUUGACUUGUGUUUUCAAUGGUACUGUAGAUCUAAAAACCAAAUGUGUAACUAUCUAAUACCAGACCCUGUUUACAGCAUUUACAUUGGGACAGUAUUACAUUGGAUAAUGAACCACUAUUACAAAGACCUUGUACACAUAAUUAUUUUUAUUCUCCUUGGGUUAUGAGCUAUGAUGUAAUACUUAUUUCCUCUUUUAACUCAAAGAUAUUUAAGCCUCAUUUAAAAUGAUGCUUUUACUUGCAAACCUUUUCUGGCUUUACAAAUGAUACCUCACUUUGGGUACAGAAACAUCAUAGUGACUGUGAUGAGAAAUCACGCACAUUUCAUUUUGGAACCGAAACAGAUUUGUAUAUGUAGUUUACCCUUCAAUGAUGAAUCACAAUGUACAAUGAGUAUCAUUAUCUUGACGUUAACAGCUGGGUCAUUUGUAAAUGUCAUGCUUAAAGAUUAUGUUUGUCAAAGUUUAUUUCAUUUCAAGGAUGUAUAGGAAACUGUUCAUAUUACUCUGUAAAAACGUUAAAUUGAACCAUACUGAAGUUUACAACCCUAUUGUACAUACUGAAAUGAGAAUAUGUUGAGAUGUUUAGUAAAGCUUCAUUUGAAAGAGUACAUCAUGUUGUCUUUUUUACUGAAACACACACACACAGUGGUGCAGUGAUGCUCUUGUGACCCGUCAGUGUUUUUACUAGCCACAACAGGUCUCACUGAGACCCACCACCUGGAGACUCUUGGAGGCCUGUAGACCCAACUCUACCAGGUUUUGCGUAGCCAGACGUUGUAUUAUUGUGUUCUAUGUUUUCUAGGAGAACUCAGAAGCCUGGAAUAAGAGGCUGAACUCUGUCUAACUCCUCAGUAGAAAACAUGCACAGACCUCAGCUUCCCUCUUUCCCUCUCCUCUCUUUCUCUCUUUCCUCUCUUCCCUCUCCAU